UUCUCGUUUCACUUCGUGUUGCCUUUUAGAGUCGCGCUUCUACGGCUGCAAUCUUGCUGUAUGGAUGGUGGAUCGACUAUCGUCAAAUCAAUGGGCGUGCCAGUUUUACGAGAAUCCACGGGAUCAGUGGGCUGCUUCUUAUAUAAAGGCCGCCUAACCGAAAACCUUGAAAAAUAGCAUUUACAGAGAAAAGGAAGAGAAUAUGGUGACUCUAUUGGUGGCAACCAACAGCGAUCCCGCCUCCGUCAACCCUGCCUCCGCCCUUCUGGCUAUGCCCGGGUGGCAACCUGCCACCUCCCUCCAGGAAAUAAAGAGUUUCAGCAAUCAACAAGUGAGGCUAUUGCUGCACGACAAAAGCAUCGUCGUAGAGGACGACUUGGAUCAGCGAUGGGAGGCUGCCACCGGUGAGGUAGUGGACGAAGUCAUCUUUUUCAGCAAACACACCGCCGUCUCUAACCGCCCUGCGCUGACCAUUCACCCAAUUGGAGUGCCUCAUUUGCGCGAAGGGGACGUCCCGCCACAAGGCGGAAAGCCAGGAUGGGCUGCACCUCCUGAUCCGAGAAUGGGUCCAUGGCUCAGGCUUUUGAAAAAAAUUGGGCAGUCUCAUAAUUUAGUUCCUGAGUUUGAGAUUACUUUGGAGGCUACUCAUCAUGGACCUCUGACUAGUAAGCCAACGAUGUUCAUUGAAAUUGGUAGCACAGAAGAAUACUGGAAGAGGCAGGAUGCUGCUCAAGUCGUUGCUCUAUUAGUUUGGGAAGGACUUGGGCUUGGAGGAGGUGGCUCAGUAGGAAACUGGAGCAGUGCAAAUGACAAGAGAAGGGUCCUUCUUGGAAUAGGUGGUGGGCACUAUGCACCUCGGCAUAUGGAUGUAGUUCUAAAAGAUGGUGUCUGGGUGUCACACCUACUUUCAGGGUAUUCUUUACCCAUGGAAGAUCCAAGUCAGACAAAAACAGAUAAAAAUACAAAAGAUAUUGGUGGAACAUGGAAACAAUCAAUUAAAGCUUCCUAUGAGGCUACCAAAUCAGCUUUCCCUGGUGGGGAAAUUGUGGCACAUCUUGAUCACAAGAGUUUCAAGAGCUGGCAGAAAAAUGCUAUUACAGGAUAUCUGGGAGAGCUGAACAUCAAAAUUGGGAAGCCUAAUGAUUUCUAUUAAUUAUGACAAUUGGAACUUGGAAGAGUGAACUUGCUCUUACAUUCUAGACGGAGGUAAAACUCGAAUUGGGUUGUUUGGCAGAAGUUCGAGGAACCUUGUGGUGAGGAUCGCCUAUUGACUUAUUAGUUUUUCUGCCAAGUUAUUUAUUAUAUCUACACUGAAUCCAAUUGGAUGCCUUACCUUUAUUAUGUUACAAACACAAUGGUGGAGAUUGUUCUCCUUGCGAAGUUAAAUAUCGUUCGGGGGAUGCAGAAGCGGCAAUAUCCAUAUCACUACUGCCCAUAAACGUUAGUUGUACCUUAGUAUUGAAGUUGGAAAUGUAGAGAGAUUUUUGGAAGUCAUUAACUUUAGAUUCUUCAUGCUAUGAAGCUUAUGAUGUUCUUGAUUUUUAUUAGAUCAUUCCAAUUUAAAUAAAACCUGCUUGCUCAAGCAGUUAGAUAUAUAAAUUUAAUAUUCAAACGAAUUUUUAUUAGAAGUCUUGUGGCAAUCAA